AUGGCUUCCCCUUUCAUUCACGAUACCAGCGAAUUCCCUGAAAACUUCCGUGCUCUGUGGAAUCGAACAAACCACUCGUGCCUCACCGACUCCAUGGACGAGGCCUUGCUCGGGCAGAACACGUUUGAUAAGCUCCACGUAUUCUCCUCGACCGCUACUCUGUCAAAUGAGCUCGAAUGGGUUAAGACACAUCCGAAGAAGGAGGAAUACACGUUGUGCGAGCGGGCCAGAGGUGGGUCAUGUCAGGAGGUCCACCUCUUAGUAUCUGGCGUCGUCGCCGAAGUGAACCUACUGCCGUUCACCCAUCGUGAUCAAGCGCACUUACAGACCAACUGGUCACAGCCCGGUACUCAGUCUAUCGCUAUCAUGGGCCUCGGCAAUCCAGCGUUCUUGGAAGCGACACGGGCUUUGAAAAACAUCUACGCGCUAGCGAGUCUUGAAUGUCCAUCCGGUCUCUUGAAGGACUACCGCGAGGUCUCCCUGUACAACGAGCCGUUAAUAGUGGCCCAAACGCCUCUAGCAACACACCCAAAAGUGCUGAGGAAGACUCAAACCCCGACAGUUUACUCCCGUCUGGAAGAUCCCUACGGCAUUGUCGGGAAAUGGGCCCAGCGCCGCAACUGGACAAUUACGGACGAAAACCGGAUCUCUGUUUCCCGCGCUAUCCGGACUGAUGAGUAA